AUGGAGAUAGACAAGAGGACGAAUGGGUUCGACUACCAGGAGAGAAGCAACGCCAAGUCGGUGAACGGUUUUUACAGUGACCAUCCACUGGAGACAGAACCUGACAGCAUGGAUACAAUCAAUGAAAGUAAUCUGGAUGAUGCAGCUGACCAGCGUACUUGCCUUAUCUGUGGAGAUCGCGCCACAGGCCUGCACUAUGGCAUCAUCUCCUGUGAAGGCUGCAAGGGCUUCUUCAAGCGCAGCAUCUGUAACAAGCGCGUUUAUCGCUGCAGCCGGGACAAGAACUGUGAAAUGUCCCGUAAGCAGCGGAACCGCUGCCAGUAUUGCCGUCUGCUCAAGUGUUUGCAGAUGGGGAUGAACCGCAAAGCAAUCAGGGAGGAUGGCAUGCCUGGAGGGAGGAACAAAAGCAUCGGGCCUGUGCAGAUCACAGAGGAGGAGAUAGAGCGAAUUAUGACAGGGCAGGAGUUCAAGGAGGAUGCCCCGGAGCACACCUGGGGAAACAACGGCGACAGCGACCACAGCUCCCCCAGCAACGGGGCCUCUGAGGGCAACCAGCCGUCGCCUGCCUCCACUUUGUCGUCCAACCGAUCUGUAGAGAUGAAUGGCUACACGGCGGCCCUCAGGGACCAAUACAUCAACACCUCCAUGUCCACACACUACCAGCUCCUGCCUCACCUCUUCAGCUAUGCAGCUCAGUCAGGCCUGCUGACCCCCCAGCCCCGCAGCCUCUACCCACAGUCCCACCCUUUGGUGCUGCAGCUAAUGGCUGCUGAGGACCUGUCCCCACUCAGCACCCCUAUGCUCAUUGAAGACGGAUACAAGGUAACACAAGUGGAGCUGUUCGCCCUGCUGUGUCGCCUGGCGGAUGAGCUGCUCUUUCGGCAGAUCUCCUGGAUCAAGAAGCUCCCCUUCUUCUGCGAGCUUUCCAUAGAGGACUACACCUGUCUGCUCAGCUCCACCUGGCAGGAGCUCAUCCUGCUCUCCUGCCUCACCAUCUACAGUGCCCAGAUCUUUGGAGACUUGGCCGACGUCACUGCAAAGUACACGCCAUCUGACGACGAGCUCCAGGGUUUCAGUGAAGAUGGGAUGGAAGUGAUGGAGAGGUUGAUAUAUCUGUUUCGCAAGUUCCACCAGUUGAAGAUCAGUAAUGAGGAGUACGCCUGUAUGAAAGCCAUCAACUUCCUCAACCAAGAUAUUAGAGGAUUGUCCAAUGUCUCCCAACUCGAGCAGCUGAACAAGCGUUACUGGUAUGUGUGUCAGGACUACACAGAGUACAAGUACCCGCACCAGCCCAAACGCUUUCCUGAGAUUAUGAUGUGUCUGCCCGAGAUCCGCUGCAUCGCAGGGAAGCUGGUGAACGUCCCCCUGGAGCAGCUCCCGCUCCUGUUUAAAGCAGUCUUGCACUCCUGCAAAUCCAGCCUGACAAGUUACAGGACCGGCUCGUCGCCCUGCGUGACUGUGUCCUCUGGAAACUAACCUAUCUGGACCGCGCGAGCCUAGGGACCGGUCUCCCCUCCUGUGAAUGUGACAAGCAGCUAGUUCUUUUUUUCUUGUAAUAUUUUUCUUUAUAUAUUUAUUACACGACAGAGCUGAAUGUAUGCUGAUUUACACUGUGCACAUCUUCUGUACAAAACAAAUGCUCAAAGAUGCAUUGGUCUUUGGAGUUUACAAGUGUAUAUCCAGUUUGCUCAAUGUGUCGGCGUUGCCAUUGUUAGACUAGAUUUUAAAAUAGCUUAUUUUAAUCAGACAAGGCAGCAAGACACAUUUGUGAUUUGUGACUACCUCAGGAAGAUGUUGUUGCUAUUUUCAGGUACCUUUUCUUGCUUUAAAAUGAAGAGUUGCCCGGUCGAAAAUCAAACCUGUGGAUGCUUUGACAUCUCGAUCAGGGACUGAAUGUUGAAAUGAGCUGCAGAAAUCAGAGUUGGGAAAACAUCAGUGUUUUUAUUGCACUGAAAAUGCAAAGAAUCCUUAAGCAGAAUGUGAGCUACUUUACAUACAUGGACGCUCUCCGAUAUGCUGUAUAUCGGAGGCAGUCCUGUCCAUUUAACAUUCCAUAAGUUAAGUUGGGCGUUGGUGGAUCUGUGGGAUCACUGUAGAAGGAGCAUACGGGUAUUUUUUAACAAUCAUAGACUAGGGAUGUAAUGCUUUAUGCAGGGGAAGGGGAGGGUAACUAGGUUUGCUGUUUUUGUUUCUUUUCAAUUCUAGACCAAAAUGUUAUGCAAUUCUUUCUUCAAACACCCACUAAUGGGUAGGGAGCUGACAGCUCAACAAAGAAUAAAUAUAUGUAAAGGAGAACUUUCUUAUCAAUGAAGGAUCAGGAUAAGAAACUAAUCAAUAUUUAACAGAGGAGACUUUCAGCUGGACAUGAAUGUAGGUCACCAAAAUUCCACUUUAAUGCUGCUAAUCAGACGCACGCUUUGUGUUCGCACAGACGUGCCUAAAGUAGGCGUGGGCCUCUGGGCUCUGUAGUCUUCAAGAUCUGAUUGAGCGAAAUAGCUUUUUUUAAUACGUUUUAAAACUGGUUGGAUUCUCUUUUUCUUUCCCCGAACAUUUCGGAUAAACAUCAUUCAUGUGUCUUAUUGUAUUUUAUAUUUAAUUACCAAUCUAUUCAAACAGCAGGUUCUACAACCAGAGCCUGUACAGAACUGAUUAAACAGGCAACAAAUGUGCAAUCAAAACUUUCUCCAUUCCUGUAGCUAUUAGGACUUUCAAAAGGAGGCAGAUGUUUAGGAAUUUAAAGUUGGAGAAAGACUUUUUAAUUCUUUAGCUAAAAGGCCAACUAAAGCAGGGAGUUUGUUUGUUCCGAUGAUGUCAACCGUUUCUGAUCUACAUCUUGUAGUUUUAAGUCAAAUGACUCCAGUUAGAUUAAUGGAUUAUAGGAUAUUAUCAUUUAACAGAGCUCAGAGUGUAUUCAGUGUGAUUAUGGUCCACGUCCUAUAAAAAAAUCAAGGCUAAAGUGUGGAAUUUUGGUGGCCUGUGUCUGGACGACUCUCUGUGACAGAUAUGCACAUUAUUUUAAAAAGAAUAGCCAUAAAAAAUGGUCCUUAUUUUUUGAAUAUGAGAUGAUCAUUUCAGACUUGCUUAAAUAUUCCUGAUGUGUUCUUUGAGCUUUUAGCUGUCUCAGAAUAUGAGAACAAUUAAAACGCAGGAAAGAUGCUGUUCUUGCAACAAAUUUCUUUAUCUUUCAUUUUUUUUUUUUUUUUUGCACACACCAAUGAGGUUCAGAGACCUGGACGCUUGACCAUGGCUGCUGCCCUCCCAGUGUGUUCCUCUCUGGCAGGUCCCCGCAGACCUGGAUUUAAACAGGGUAAAGUGAGUGUUAUAUGUUGCAUUCAGGAGUUCCUCAGUGACCGUGCUGAUGUACCUGUAGUGUUAGUAGAUUUAGGUUCGGGGACAUCGUAGGUCCUCUUGUAGAAAAUUGCUUUUUUUCCUCCCUUUUUGUCAUUAUUUCACUCAAGGUCCCCACCCGGCUCCCCUUUGUUCAGGGAAAGUGGAUGUAGUCUGAAGGUGAGGAAUGCAUGGGGAAGAGGGGGAGGGGUGAUUUGGUGAUGGAUGGCACGUGAGGCAGCGGCAUCCUGGGAAAAAAAAAAAACAUCACGGCCUCUUUUUCACCAGUUUUCACCUUUCUGUGAGUUUCUGUGACUAACACCACCUGCCCCCCCUUCAGCAGCUUCCGACUACCUCUUUCCAAAUUUAAAAUUUGAAAAUGCAUUUUACUGUGCCUCUGUAGUUAUUUUGAAUAUUUUCAGGGUUUUUCUUUUCUUCUGUUACCCCCCCCACCCCCAGUUGUUGGUAAUGGGUCAAAAUAAAACCUCAUCAUAAUCAGAAGCUGAAAAAAACAUUUUUAGAUCAGACAUUUUUCCCUUAAUUCCUUCGAUACUUAACAACAGUGGGCGGAUAUGAACUACGGCAGGAACGGUCCUGAGCUAAAGGAGCUUUUAAUGGUUAAAGAGUUUUCCUGUAAAGACGUAAGGUUUUGUUUUUAAACAUUUAAUCAAUAAAUCAUGUGAACAGUCCUGCUGCUGAUUUUUCAAACGUCCACAGAAAAUCCAAUUCUUUCACGUUGUCUGUUGAUCUGCAGGGCUCUCUGAGGCCUUUAGGUGUUCAUGAUCUCAGGGAUAAACCAGCUCAAAUCUGCCCGUUAGGAUGGGAUUUCUAAAGGGAAAAUUGUCUGAUAUUAUACUCAUCAGGCUGCAACACAAACACGCUUACUGUCACUGACCUCUUGUCGCCAGCGUGUCGGUGUGUCGAAUGUAGACUGCUUGACCUCCUGCUUGUGUUGGACAAAGUCUUUAGUUUCCUGUAUUUGUGAUUUUUAGCGUGCAGACAAGGGAGAGUUCAUCUGUAAUCUCUGUGUUAAACUACCUCUUAAAGUUGUCAUUGUGUUUCUGUUUUUUUUUUCUUAUUUAUUGCUUUUAGUGCAUUAUGUGUUGGGUUUUUUUUUUACAUUCAGUGGUGCUCUCAGACAAAACUACACAGUUUGCCUAGUUUUACUUCCUACCUCAACACUGCUUUUGACAUUUGGCAGCUUUUACCUUAAAAACAUCUCAGAGUACCUACUUAAACUUUAACUUUUUUCAUUUUUUACUUUAUACUAGUAAAAUUAGCAUCAAUUCCAUGUUUCCAAUCUUGCCUUCUUGUUACGAUUCCAGUACUAAGAUGAAAGAAUGUCAAUGAUGCACAUUGCAUUGUUGCUGCAGCUGAGCUCUGCUUUACGUUUCUGCACCGACCUUAUCAGAAUGUUAUCAUGUGAAUGGCAGUGCUCGCUGUAUUCUCCACAUCAUGAUACGCCCUAAUGCGUUUGUGUGUGUGUAAGUUUAUUUUUUUUUUAUCCCAUUGUGUUCCCUGAUUAUUGUUCCUUCAAGGUAACGUGGAGCGUUAUCAUAUCUGGCUCUGUCAAUGCUGCUUGUGAUCAAUUAUCAAUUAAAGAAUGGAGCUAUGGUCAAACUGACAUCUUCUUGUGUUAACGUGCUCACAUGCUGUUGUGACCCUGGUGCGGUGGCACGUGAGCACAGAUUCGCUCACAUACGUUGUGAUGAUGCAGAUGGUGACAACACCCAGCAGCGUGGUGUCAUAACAUCCGCUGCUGCUGUUACCGCUUUGGCCAUUUUUUUUAACUGAUCCACUCCGCAGAUAUCCUACUUUUAAAGCACCAAGUAGUCCAAUGUGAUACUUGAUUCAUGUUUCUUUUAAGAAAAAUAAUUCCUUAAAGUUUGUCACAUGUUAUGUUAAAAUUUUUAAUGAAUUGGGGAACUCUUGAAAUCUAGGCAGUAACGAAAGGAAACGUAUUAAAAGCAUGCCUGUAUGUGCCAUGGCCCCUCUAUAGCCUUUGUACUGGAGCACAAAUUGAAAGGAGGAUGCAAGCUUAAAUGAAAUGGUGACAUAUCUCAGGGAUUAAAUACAUCUACACCAUUGAAUUGAUUCAUUAAAAUGUCAGUUUUCUUAAUAAAUCUCUUGUCUGAUCUUGUUACUGUAACUACCUGUGAAGAAUGUGAUCCAUUAUGUGUUUAAAGCAUGUUUAGAAUGUGUUAGAACUUGAAACCAAAUAAAUGUGAAUGUUA